CACAUCACAGAUCCGUUCACUUUACCCGACAAACUGGCCCGAUGUGCCGCACUUCCCGAGAGACGUGUUCACUGUGGUCAGCAUCCGGCUUCGCUAGCCGAUUUGUUUCGAACCAACCAGUCUUCCCCGGUCCUGUCGGACACGAAUGCUGGUGCGGUUCCCGCCUCAUCGCAGUCCCGUGGUCCACUCGUCCAUCCGAACUGUCACAGUCCACCGAUCAUUCGUUCGGAACCGUUUCCGGGUACCGUGCAUCUGUCUCCGGCGUUGCCUUUGACUGCCAGCAAAUCGCUCGCGACCGAAUCCACAAAUACCGCUCUCGCCGGAUCAAGCAGUGCUGAUGAAUCGGACCAGUCCGCCGUCACUCGGUUGUCUAAAUCCCUGGUCGAGGAUAGCCUGUUCCGUAAUCCGCAUACUUUGCCACCACCAAAAAAGUCGAAGCGUAAACCUGCACCCAUUUUCAUUCCGCCUCAAACCGGUGCAAAUCUUUCGCGAUUACGCAGUCCUCGCGUUUGGGGUUCAGAUGGCUCAGCACUGAGUACCAGUCCCUUACCGUACACUCCUCCACCCAUGCUGAGUCCGAAUCGUCGCGGUUCCGGUCUAUUUUCCUCGCUAACCCGAUGGCCAUCUACGGCCAGCCCGGUCGUCGCAACGCGGCGCUAUUCCAGCUACUAUCCAUAUCUGUCUUCCACUUGUGCGCAAUCUGCAACGGAUGUGGUCAAACGAAAAUCCAGUCACACUCCUGUUCUGUCGUUCGGUCCCGGUGAGACAGACGGGGCACAAUUGCUAUUGAAACGUUCGUAUACAGGUCGUCUGUUGGAUUCCGGUUCGAGUAAUGAAAUGGGCAGUAUGUCCGGAUCGGGUCUGACCACCACCACCACUAGCGCGAUGUGCACAGCAGGCAUUUGCCUGCAGUCACGUGGACCAUCGCAUGACACUACUCCUCGUCAAUUCGCUCUGCCCCGGCGGCGCUGUCAAUUGACCCCGAAAUCGGCACCGGUUUUGUUGCAGGAGGCAUCCGCGUACAUGUUCCAAACAUGCAAUCGGGUUAGUGUUUAUUUCGUAUUCAAUGUUUCACAGGGGUUGUUCCGGUUUUGA